UUCCAGAUAAUGUGCGUGGUUUAACAAAGGAGGUUUCAUGAGUUCAACUUUCAUAUUUUAUCAUUUAUCAUGGGGGGGGGAAUCUCUAUUUUCUUGCUGGGAGAUUCAACAGCCGUAGCCUACACUGUGGUGGCAUCGUGACGCUCUUCCUUAAAUAUCAGUGUUCAUCAUCAGCUAAUGUGGUUUCACAUGUUGGGGGAAAUGUUCAACUCAGCAGCAGCACUGCGUGUGGAGGCAGUUGUUUAGCCUGCACACCAUUUAGACGACGCUCCUGAAUGUUUGGUGUUAUCAUGAUGGUGAAAGUAAUUCUGCUCCCUCUGUUUCUCCUCCUCACAUCAUUAACAGGUGUGUGUCCUCGGAGACCCAGAGAGAUAUGUGUCAAGGCAGGCGAGAUGGUGGCGCUGUACUGCCCUCGUGACAGAGGGUAUAAUCCUGGUGAUGCCAAAGUGAUGUGGACCAGUUACACCACCCAGGAGAUGGAUCUGACCAACAUGUCACCAGCUGAACAGAGGCAGAUGGGCGUGCUGGUUCAUGGGAGGAGCUUUGUGAUUCUCAGUGCUUCUAUCAACCAACAGGGGAAUUACUCAUGCUCUCUGGGGAAUGCCGGCCCCCAGUUCUGGUUCAGGCUGACAGUUCACACAAGAGAGUAUAAAGUGUACCCUGAAACAUGUAGCAUAGGAGAGGCCUGCACGUUGCAUUGCCCUGAAGUAAACAUACCAGUAAGCAUCCCGGAUAUUACCUUCAACGGCAUUAUAUGGCACAAGGAGGGCGAGUCACUGCAAAAAGGCAGUUACUUCUCAAGUGUGGAAGAGAAUGAGAAAGGAACCUACACCUGUACCACAUCUUACCUGUAUCAUGAUCAAAAAUAUAACAUGACCUUUACAGUGCAGCUUAUACUGAAACCAAAGGAAGAAUCACAGAAAAAGACAGAGAUCACUUCACCACACAACAAUGAUACAAUUUAUGUAGAUUUGGGCUCACCAAAGGUGAUUAUUUGUAAAGCUGUUAUGUUUUCACAAUUUGACGAGGUGUUCUGGAUCAGCGGGAAAUCAAAAGUGGAAACGAACAACAGCUUUCCAGUUUUCUACAAUACCACAUGGGAAAAUAAUGCUGGAGAAAUAAAGAUGACAGCAUCUCUAGUCUUCAAAACAGUGUCAGAGGAGGAUCUAUCAAAAACGUACACCUGUACACUGCAGUCUGUAUCUGGACUCUCAAGCUCCGUCACCAUCAACUUGGCCCAAAAACCUCGCCCUUCUUACGUUUCCCUGGCUCUUGGCAGUGUCUGCGUUUUGGUGGUGAUGGUUUUGACAGUAGUUAUCUAUGUGAGGUUCAAAAUUAACAUCACUCUUUUCCUAAGAGACACUCUUGGCUGCCAUAGCAGCACCUCAGAUGGAAAGAGCUAUGAUGCCUUUUUGCUGUGUUACAAGAGCGACACAGACGCAGGACUAAAUGAACAUGACAGAAAAUGGCUGGAGGGUGUUUUAGAAGAGAGGUUUGGUUACAGUCUCUGUCUUUUUGAUCGCAACGUCUUACCAGGGGAAGCUGUGGCGGAGGCAGUGCUGGACUGUGUAGAGGAGAGUCGCACGGUGGUUUUGGUUCCUACCUCUCCAGAUACUGGUCCAGGAUCCGGCCUGCUGAGUGCCAUCCACGCAGCUCUUGUGGAGCGGCAGACUCGCUUGGUUUUCAUCCAAACUGAGUCAACAGAAAUGUCGAGAUCUGGUUCGUUACCAGAGGCCUUACAGCUUCUUGGCGAGGCUGGAGACUGUGUCACGUGGAAGGGCAUAAGCUCCAUGCCGCCCUCCUCUUCCUUCUGGAAGCAGCUUCGUUAUUACCUAGCUGCCCCGCAGCAUGCACAAAAAACAAGGCUGUUGCCUCAGACAAUCUAUGAUGUUACAUCAUGAUAAAAUGUUUAGCCAAGUCAGAAUUGAUAGCUUAUAUCUGUUUUCAGUAUAUGACUUAAUAAUUGUAUAAUUCUAUUGUUUUUACAUUUUAACUUAAGUGUCUUAAUACUUCUAUGUAACAUCUUGCAUUCUUGAUUUGCCCUCAUCUGUUUCCUUUUUAGUAUGACAGCUGACACAAGGACAGGUUAUGUAAUUAUAAUUAUAAUGUAAAAAUGUAAAAAAGUUCCUUGUUAUAACGUUAGCCUAUAUGAUCACAUCAGUCUAUACACUGUUACUACUGACAUAUCCAGAAUUGUCCGACUAAUGUAUUCUCAUUACAGUUGAGAUGUUGCUUUUCAUAGUGGCUCAUUAAUUAAAAUCCAUGUUUUCUACAU